AUGAACAGCCAGAUCCUCCGCGUCGGCGACGCGCUCACGACGCUCUUCCAGCAGGCACAGGACGGCAACAGCACGCGCUGCUUGGACGUCAAGGUCGAGAACGAGACGCUCGUGUGUGCGACGGCCUUUCCCGUCGAUGAGGCGCCCGAGGCCCAGUGGGCGAAUAUCCAAGCGUCGACGACGGCGCCGAGCCUCCUCCUCUUCCACAUUGCGAGCUCCAACGGGCCGUGGAAGUGGAUUCUGAUUGCGCACGUGGCCGACACGCUGCCGGCGCGUGAAAAGAUGCUGUACGCCUCGGCGCGCGACUGCCUCAAGCAGCAGCUCGGCCUCUCGUACUUUGUCGGCGACGUGCACACGACCGACCUCGCGGCCUUUACCUUCCACGACGUGCUCUCGACCAUGCACAACAACUCGGGGCCGCUCAGCGAGAAGGAGGUCUUGCUCAAGGAAGAGGCGCGCCUCGAGCGCGACCUCUCGGUGAAGGCGAGCGCCAUGUCGGUCAUGCCUUUUGGGCUCACGCCCGCCUGCGCUGCGGCGCUCGACACCUUUGCCAUUGCGACGUCGCCGGCCUUUCUGAGUUUGCACCUCGAAAACGAAGCGCUUGUCGUGGCGAAAGCGCUCCCAAACGUCCACGAGAGCCUCCUCAGCAGCGAGAUGACCAAGCACGCGCCGAGCUACGUCCUGUACCGCGUCUCGUCGACCGGCGUCGUCUUCUUGUACGUGUGCCCCGACGACGCGCCGGUGCGCGCCAAGAUGACGUACUCGACGGCAAAGGCGUCGGUCCUCGCCCUCCUCCCGGCCCAUCACAUUGCCAUUGACAAGACGAUUGAGAUCACGGACGUGGCGACAGUGGCCGACGCCAUUCGCGCCGACGUGGCGACGGACCUCGACGAGGCGACUCUGGUGCAGCCCAAGGCGUUUGCACGCCCAGCGGCGCCCGGCCGCGGCCGCCGAAAGUAA